UUCUCCAAAGGGCCGAAGCGGGGCCGAGGCCCACCACACCUGGAGGAGGGCCAGAGUAGGCCCAGGCCUGUUUCUCUCACAGGUUGGCCUUUCUAACACUCACUGAGGAGACAGAAAAUAACAACUCUUUAAGCCAGGCAUGAGCUAACUUGGGCCCUCCCUCCCUUCAGAUGUUUUGGACUUCAACUCCCAGAAUUCCUCGCCUCAGGCCCUUUCCUUUUCCCCCUCAGCCGCUUAAGCGGCUGAGGGGGAAAAGGAAGGGGCCUGAGGCCAGGAAUUCUGGGAGUUGAAGUCCAAAACACCUGAAGGGAAGGAGGGCCGCAGUUUGCCUAAGCCUGUAAUGACUACAUCUAUAUCUUUAACCCAAGCGCUAUUAUUAUACACAUUGUCUAACGUUUUAGAAGAUCCAAAUGUCGUUUGCAACAGAAAAGAACUUACUCUUGUUGUUAAAACCAGUAGUCUUGACUCCCCACCCUAGCCAAUCUUUUUCCCGUCUUCUUUUCCAGUUCUUUACCUGUAUUUUAUCUCAUUAUAACUACAGUAGAGUCUCACUUAUCCAAGAUAAACAGGCUGGCAGAACCUUGAAUAAGCGAAAAUCUUGGAUAAUAAAGAGAGAUUAAGAAAGAAAGCCUAUUAAACAUAAAAUUACAUUAUGAUUUUACAAAUUAAGCACCAAAACAUCAUGUUUUACAAGAAAUUGACAGAAAAAGCAGUUCGAUACACAGUAAUGUUAUGUAGUAAUUACUGUAUUUAUGAAUUUUUUAACAACAACAACAACAGUUGUGGAAAAAGGUUUGGAUCGUUGAUGUCGCCAUCCCAGGUGACAGUCGCAUUGACGAAAAACAACAGGAAAAACUCUGCCGCUAUUAGGACGUCAAGAUUGAACUUCAAAGACUCUGGCAGAAACCAAUGCAGGUGGUCCCGGUGGUGAUGGGCACACUGGGUGCCAUGCCAAAAGAUCUCAGCCGGCAUUUGGAAACAAUAGACAUUGACAAAAUUAUGAUCUGCCAGCUGCAAAAGGCCACCCUGCUGGGAUCUGCGCGCAUCAUCCGAAAAUACAUCACACAGUCCUAGACACUUGGGAAGUGUUCGACUUGUGAUUCUGUGAUAUGAAAUCCAGCAUAUCUAUCUUGUUUGCUGUGUCAUAAUAAAAUAAUAAUAAUAAUAAUUUUAUUCUUAUACCCCGCCCCAUCUCCCCGAAGGAACUCGGGGCGGCUUACAUGGGGCCAAGCCCUGACAGAACAAUAUAAAAAAAAAACAAUAAAACAGAUCAAUCAACAAUAAAAAUGAAUCAUAAAAAAUCACAUACAAAAUAAAAUGAUAAAAUCAUGGAUUGGAUUCAAAGGAUCUGGGCCAAAAGUGUAAAAUAUGUCAAUGUCAUCAGGGAGGGGUGGUUACUCAAGCUAUCAUAGCCAUUAAAGUAACAUAAUACUGGGGGAGGUAUACACUAGGGACUAUUGCUUGCUUUGCAAGAAAGGCUAUGGAUCAUGUUGCAUCAGCUGAAGAAAUCAUGGGGGGAUAGUGUGGUUGGGACUGAAUGGGAGUUCAAUGGAAGGCCAGGUGGGUCUGGAGGUUGCAGAAGCAGAGGCCUAAGUAAAAGGAGGGCUCUGAAAUAAAUAAAGGCCCUGUUUUUUAACUCUCCAAGAAAAAGCCUCCCAAAGCCAGUUUGUUUAAUUCUGAAUUUAUUUCACAGAGAAAAUGUGAUUUUUCGCUGAGAAUUUCAGAGUAGAGCCAGUUGAGGGAUUUCUUUCCCUUGAAAGAAGAGGGAGGAAAAGCAUCUUGGAUACGGUUUGGUUCUUCAUCAGAGUGGUUCCAACAUGGAGAUACCCUACUCACAUAGACCUGAAGCAGAACUAUGGAGCAGUGGGGAAUUCUGGGAAAGAACUAUGAAGAUGUUCCUGAGUGUGGACCUUUCUAGCUCUGACAUACAGCGCCAGCGCUUCAGGCAGUCCUCCUACCAAGAAGGUGAAGGACCCAGAGAGGUUUGCAGUUGCCUCCACAAACUCUGCUGCCAGUGGCUGAAGCCAGAGCAACACACCAAGGCUGAGAUGCUGGACCUGGUGAUCCUGGAGCAGUUCCUGAGCAUCCUGCCCCCAGAGAUGGGGAGCUGGGUCCGAGAGUGUGGGGCAGAGACCUCUUCCCAGGCAGUGGCCCUGGCGGAAGGCUUCCUCCUGAGUCGGGCAGAGGACAAGAGGCAGGAAGAACAGGCCCAAAAUAAUUUCAUAGAAGUCCUUGUAUCAGAGAAAUCUCCAUCUGACACCAUCCAGAAUCUCAGGCAGAAGGAGCUGAAGCAGGAAGAAGAUGGGGCUGCAGCUUUGCAGGAGGCUGGAAUGAUGUUGUUGCCAAAUCCUCAGUCGUUUCUUCCCCUUUGUGAUGGAGUGGAACUGAAUCAGGGCCUAAUCGCCUUUGAGGAUGUGUCUGUCCAUUUCUCCCUGGAGGAGUGGGUUCUUCUGAAUCCUGAUCAGAUAGUCUUGCACCUGCAGAUCAUGGAGGAGAUUCAUGGGAUUGUGGACUCCCUUGUAGAUGAUGAGGAGAAAAGCAGAAAGCAUUUGGGAGACAGUGGAGGCUUUUGUAGACAUCAGCAAGCCCAGAGUGAAGAUGAAGAUUCAGCCAGAGAAAAGUCCUACAAAUGCAAUGUAUGUGGUCAAUGUUUUACCCAGAAUGUGGCACUUGUGCUUCACAAGACACUUGAUGCUGGGACAAGCCAUCAUAAAUGGAAAGUAUUUGCAAAUUGUGUUGUUGAUUACGAAUUGCCAGAUCUGUGCCAACAAGAAAUCUUUGAAGAAAACAAGGAUUUCCUGAGCGAGGAGUGUGAGAAACCAUAUGAAUGCAAAGAAUGUGAUAAAUGUUUUGUUCUAAGUUCAUCCCUUGUGAGACACCAGAGAGUCCACACUGGAGAAAACCCAUAUAGUUGCCCAGAUUGUGGGAAAUGUUUUGCUUCCAGUUCAAGCUUGGUAAAGCACAAAAUACUUCACACAGGAGAGAAGCCAUACCAAUGCCAGGAGUGUGGAAAAUGUUUUGUUUACAGUUCACAAUUGCUGAGCCAUAAAAUACUUCACACAGGAGAGAAGCCAUACCAAUGCCAGGAGUGUGGGAAAUGUUUUGCUGACAGGUCAGCCUUGGCGAAGCACAACAGACUCCACACAGGAGAGAAACCAUACCAAUGCCAGGAGUGUGGAAAAUGUUUUGCUGACAGUUCACAAUUGCUGAGGCACAAAAGACUCCACACAGGAGAGAAUCCAUACCAAUGCCAGGAGUGUGGGAAAUGUUUUGUUUAUAGUUCACAGUUGAUGAGGCACAAAAAACUCCAUACAGGAGAAAAGCCAUACCAAUGCCAGGAGUGUGAGAAAUGUUUUGCCCGUAGUUCAUAUUUGGUGAGGCACAAAAAACUUCACACAGGAGAGAAGUCAUACCAAUGCCAGGAGUGUGGGAAAUGUUUUGCUGACAGUUCAGACUUGGUGAGGCACAGAAGACUCCACACAGGAGAGAAGCCAUACCAAUGCCAGGAGUGUGAGAAAUGUUUUGUUUCCAGUACAUGUUUGGUGAGGCACAAAAGACUUCAUACAGGAGAGAAGCCAUACCAAUGCCAGGAGUGUGAGAAAUGUUUUGCUUCCAGUUCAGGCUUGGUGAAGCACAAAAGACUUCACACAGGCGAGAAGCCAUACCAAUGCCAGGAGUGUGGGAAUUGCUAUCCUCGCAAGUCAUCACUUCUGAGACACCAGAGCAUCCACACAGGAGAGAAACCAUUCCAGUGCCAGGAGUGUGGGAAAUGUUUUACUCAGAGUUCAUCCCUUUUGAGCCACCAGAGAAUUCAUAGAGGAGAAACACCAUCCAAAGAGAUGGGACAAAAGUAAUAACAUGAAUUGCAACAGGGAAAUUGCAGGUUGUGGACAUUCUGGUGCUGUAGAGUACACAUUCAACAUUUCCCGAUGAACACGUGUGAUUCCCUUGGUGUUAAGUAGCACUUGGCUUGACUUUGGACUGAUCUCUUAGACAACUCUCUCCUUGGUUCCACUUUAAUGGAACCUAUCCCCGUAUUCCUCCUUUUUUCACUCUAAUUUUAUCUAUAGACUCUUGAGCUCUGCACUAAUCACCUUUUGCUAUGUGCAAAAUUGAUGCUCAGGCUUUUAAAUUAAUUGUCUUGUUAUGUCGUUUUUGUUUAUUGUUGGAAUGUUUUAAAUUGCUGUUAAAUUUUAUACAUGUAAUGCUAUGUUAUGUUGUUGUUCGGGCUUGUCCCUGUGUAAGCUGCCUCGAGUCCUUUUGGGGAGAUGGGGCGGGUAUAAGAAUAAAGUUUAUUAUUAUUAUAUUUUUGGUUUCGAACACCAUUCAGGUUUUUGGUGGGUUUUUUUGUUUGGCUUUGUUUCACUUGGGACAGUUUUGGAGAACUCUUUUGCUUCUCUGGAUACUGACAUCACUGUGGAAUUGGACUGUCUUUCCCUGUGUCAGUCUUUGUGAGUAAACAUCUUAUUUCAAAUAGAACUGUUUGAGAAGUUUUGCCUAAGAUUUGGUGGAAUCCCUGUUCUUGUCAUUUGAAUCCUUAAGUGGAGGUCCUGUUCUUGGAGCAGCAGAAAGCAACCUCCCUGUUACAAUCCUUCAGAGGGUUAAAUAUGAUUUCAUCUAUUCUGGAAAAAAACCCAUAUGUAAUUCCAUUAAUUGUUCUUCUUGGACUUGGUUUCCAGCUCCUUCACCACCUUGGUUGCAAAUUUCCAUUUUGCGAAUGUUCUUUUUCAGUUGCAAUUUCAGAAUUGAACACAAGGUUUCUGUUGAGGCAAAACCAAAGAAAAAGAUGAUUGCACUAUUUUUUCCCUUGAUCUGCAAAUUAUAUUUCUGGCUUGAAUUUACUGUCUGGUUCCCUGCUCCUGACACUUUUAAUGCACAUUACAUUGAAAAACACGAAUCUUGUUAUUUUAGAAUUCAUAUUAUAUAUCGUUGAUUUUAUUAUAAACUAUCAGAAUUUGAUCUAUCUUGUUGUACUGUUUAGUACACAAUGAUUGUUUAGUUUAACUUUAACAGUUUUUGGCAGUUCUUUGUUAGAACAUUACCAAUAUCAGCUGCUUCUAAUCUAGUGAUUCUACUCAAAGUGUCUAAUGCUUUUUUGUUCUUACUUUUUGGUGUGUUUCUUUACCAAGUACUUUUGCAUUUUUAUAUCGCCAUUUGUUCAGAUUUUUGUGUAUGUAUGUGUAUGUGUGUGUGUAUGUAUAUAUAUAUAUAUAUAUACAUAUAUAUGUGUGUGUGUGUGUGUAUGUAUAUAUAUAUAUACAUAUAUAUGUGUGUGUGUGUAUGUGUGUAUAUUUAUAUGUAUAUAUAUGUAUAUAUAAAUAUGGACACUUUAGCUUUGUUUUUGCUUUUUUGCUUUUUUUUUCUCUCUCUCUCUCCCUUUUUGAUCCUUUUUUAAUCGCAGUUUUCCUACUUUCUAUACAAUCAAAUGUUCUCACUCUUUUGAUGUUAAUUUACUCUAUCUUAUAAGGUAAAACUUCAAUAAAAAUAUAUUUUUAAAAAAGAA